AUGCUAACACAGAAACAUGCUAGUAUUAGAUGGAAUGCUCGCCUCCACGCCAUUCAUGGCGCCUUCCUCGGUCCCCUUCCCCACGUCCGCGACGUCCUGCUGUACUGGUCGGGGCUGGUGACGGCUGCGGCGUCCUUCGUGGCGGCGGCCUCCGCGGCGUUCCUGCCGGAGGGGAACCCCGUCGCCUCCGCCAUCACCGGCGCUGCCGACCUCAUGUACGCCUGCGACGCCGCGAGGCUGGACCUAUCGCCGGUGCUGUGGGCGAUCGGGGCGCUCGGCUCCGUCGGGACCUACCUCGUCGCCGCCCGCCCGCUGGAUGAGGGCCUCGUGCAGUACGUGGUGGACCACCCCGCCGUGUUGUGGUUCGUCGGCCCCACGUUCGUCGUGCUCACUGGCCUCGUCUUCAAGGAAGGUAUGCUAAUCCUGCUGCUUGUGCACCCGCUGUACGAGCGCUUGCUCGAGGCACACGUCACCUGCCACCGCGUCACCACCCCCGUGGACCAGCUCCCACGCAUCGAUGCACAGAUAGCGAUGAGGCCCCUGCCUAUGGCGUCGGCGGCGGGCGAAGCACACACGAGAGGCGAGGAGCUCGACCUCUUCAUGAGAGGAAAAAUAGAUAUGUGUAAGCUAUAUUUAUUUAAGGAAUCUCUAUGCUAUUUUUAUGACAAAAGCUUAUUUUUGAAGGCUUCUUCUGGGAGGACAUUAAUCACCGCACAAAUUCCGCUUGUUGCGAGCCAUCCAGAUGUGCAUGAGCCAUGUGAUGAUUCCUUUGCCCUUGUUGAUGCACUACUCUCAGAUAAAGCACAACUCUUGACACUACAACCAAGGUUAUGUAUGGAGGUAGGGUUUGGUAGUGGUUAUGUCAUCACCUCGCUUGCAAUCAUGCUCAGGCAGUUAGGCUCUGGAGCCCAGUACCUAGCAACUGACAUCAACCAACAUGCUGCCGAGACAACUCAAGCGACCCUUGAAGCUCAUGGGGUGCAUGCAGAUGUGAUUGUUACUGACAUCAUGUCUGGUCUUGAUAAACGCCUUGCUGGUAUGGUUGAUGUGGCAGUUGUUAACCCUCCUUAUGUGCCAACUCAUGUGGAAGAAGUCGGAUGUAGAGGCAUUGCUGCGUCUUGGGCAGUCGGUUUGAAUGGCCGCCAAGUGAUAGACAGGAUCCUUCCUGCUGUGCGUGAGAUGCUAUCAGAAAGAGGGUGGCUGUACAUGGUGGCCCUCGAAGAUAAUGAUCCUUCAGACAUAUGUCAUCUGAUGAGCGAGAUGGGGUAUGCAUCCCGCGUUAUCUUGAAGAGGUGUACUGAGGAGGAGAGCCUUUAUGUUCUCGAGUUCUGGCGAGAUCCACACGCUGUUACAAGUGCGUCGCCGAAAUGAUUAUUGUUUCGGGCCCUUAAUUGGUUGUACCUCAACAGUUAAUAAGAGAUCAUACAGAUUAUAGAGGAAUUCCUACCAGCUUGGAUUUUUUUCAGAUUCUUCUAUUCAUUUUUUUGUCGUAGCUAAUUGAUUCAUAAAUUUUAGGAACCUUCGAGAAAUGUUCCAGAUUGAUGCUGCAGAUUACAUGAUGUCCAUAUGUGGUGAUGACAGUCUGAAAGAGCUUUCUUCACCUGGGAAAAGCGGCAGUAUUUUCUAUCUCUCACAGGAUGAACGUUUUGUCAUAAAAACCUUGAGAAAAACUGAGUUGAAG